AAAAUUAAAACCCGACUAAACUUUCUCUUUUCACGGCUCUGUUCAUCUGUCAAUACCCAAAACCAAUUCCAGGAAAUAAUUACUUACAGAAGAUUCACAUAUUUCCUCCGAUUCUCUCCAUCUCGAAUGGAAUCUGACGUUUCUCUCAUUUCUUUCUAUCUAGAAAACUAAGUUUUUUUGUUUUUUUUUUGCGAUUUCUUCAUUUUCUGAGAGAUCGAGAACUUCGGGUCGCUGUUGUUUUUGUCGGUGGUGGUGGUUGGUGGAGGAAGUGGAGAUGAGGAGUGUGAGUUUCGUGUUCGUGGUAUUUCUAUUGGCUCUUACGCUUUGGAUGGUUUCAGGGAACGUGGUUUUGAUUGGCAACAAUGUUACUUUGUCUUUCGAUGACAUCGAAGCUAUUUUCUCUCCACCUGUUCAAGGUUCAGGUGAAUGUGGAGUAUUGCACUUGGCAGAGCCACUUGAUGCAUGCUUAGAGUUGACAAAUAAAGUUGAGCGAGUUCCGAAUACUAGCUUACCAUUUGUGUUGAUUGUUAGAGGAGGAUGUAGCUUUGAAGACAAAGUUAGAAAAGCACAGAAAGCUGGUUUCAAAGCUGCUAUUGUCUAUAACAAUGAAGAUGAUGGAGUAUUGGUUUCAAUGGCAGGAAAUUCAGCUGGUGUAAAAAUACAUGCUGUGUUUGUUUCCAGAGCUUCUGGCCAAGUACUCAAGAAUUAUGCUGGCUUACCUGAUCUGGAGCUGUGGAUAAUCCCGAGCUUUGAAAGUUCAGCAUGGUCAAUCAUGGCAAUCUCCUUUAUUUCUCUCCUUGCGAUGUUUGCUGUGCUGGCUACGUGUUUCUUUGUGCGCAGACAUCAGAUAAGACGAGAAAGGCCUCGAGCUUCUCGCGUCCGGGAAUUCCGUGGAAUGAGCAGGCGUUUAGUGAAAGCAAUGCCAAGUCAGAUAUUUACUUCUGCUGUAGAAGACAACUGCACUUCAAUGACAUGUGCCAUAUGCCUUGAGGAUUAUAAUGUGGGUGAAAAGCUGCGGAUUUUGCCAUGCUGUCACAAAUUUCAUGCUUUCUGUGUGGAUUCUUGGCUUACGGCAUGGAGAACAUUUUGCCCAGUAUGCAAGCGUGAUGCGAGGACUACCACGGGUGAUCCAUCAGCAUCUGAAUCCACGCCAUUGCUGUCAGCUUCUGAGGCUUCAUCAGCACUGUUGUCGUUUAGAUCAUCUUUAGCAUCAUCAUCAGCCAUUCAAAUACUGCCAGCAUCGUCUGAGUCUCUUUCAGUUCCUCGUACUCAUUCGUAUGCUAGCUCUUCGUAUGCUCAACAGUCUCUAAGAUCCUGCCAUCAGUCUCUUUCCAUGAGCGUGAGCCGAAGCUCAGUUGAUCUUAGAAAUGCUUCUUCUCAAAGAUCACUAUUCCAUUUAAUUUCACCACACUCUUCAGGUUAUCCGUCUUUAAUGCCAACAAGUUCCAGAUACAUGUCUCCCUAUAUUAGAAGCCCAAGCUAUGCCUCACCAAGUUUAAUCACUUCAUCAGAUUAUCAGCUGAAGCCACUUCGCUGUAGUGAGUCAGCUGCAAGCUUCUCUCCUUUUGCUUCUGCUCAUUCGCUUCCAGAAUCCUGAUUGGAAGUUUACCAUAUGAUAAUACUGGUAAAUGCUACAAAGCUAUAGGAAAAGUGAGCUGGCAUUUGUCAAACCUUUCUGACCUAUAGUUCUCGCAUUACUGGCAUUGCUUGAUUAUUUGUUUUCAUUGAUUUGCUUGGUUGCUCUCUUAUGCCAAGGCUGGAACAUCAUGUGCAGCCGCCCGUGUUUGCACAUUGUAGCAUAAGUUUGUGCUGUUUGUGUGUGUUAACACUAUUGAGUGAUAAUUAUGCUUACAGGUUGAUGUUUCUCAAAUCAUCAUUACUGGAGUUUCUUUUCGACAAUGAUGAAUAUGUUGACCACUGAGAAGCUAACUUGAGUUUUGUAGAGUUUGCAGGCGCAGAUGGACAUGGUAAUGAUUUGCAGUA